AUGUCGAAGCUCUUCUCCCCCGUGCAAGUCGGGCGCAUGCAGCUGGGCCACCGCCUGGCCAUGGCCCCCAUGACCCGAUUCCGCGUGGACGACGACCACGUCCCCCUCCCCAUGGUCAAGGAGCACUAUGAGCAACGCGCCGUCGUCCCUGGCACCCUCCUCAUAACCGAAGCCACGCUCGUCUCGCCGCGCGCCGGCGGCUACGCCAACGUCCCGGGGAUCUGGAGCGAGGCGCAGAUCGCGCAGUGGCGCCAGGUGACCGACGCCGUGCACGCCAAGGGCUCGUACAUCUACAUGCAGCUAUGGGGUCUGGGCCGGGUUGCGAGCCCGGAAGUCCUCAAGAGAGAAGGCGGGUUCGACCUCGUGUCUAGCAGCGACGUCCCCACGGACGACAAGGCGCCUGCGCCGCGCGCCCUCACCGAGGAGGAAAUCUAUGCGCUGAUUGCGGACUAUGCGCAGGCGGCGCGCAACGCCAUCGCCGCUGGCUUUGACGGCGUCGAGAUCCACGGCGCCAACGGGUACCUUAUCGACCAGUUCACACAGGACACGGCGAACAAGCGCACGGAUGCGUGGGGCGGGAGUGUCGAGAAGCGCGCGCGCUUUGCGCUCGAGGUCACCCGCGCUGUUGUGGAGGCUGUUGGUGCGGACCGCACGGGCAUUCGGUUCAGCCCGUGGAGUAGCUUCCAGGGGAUGCGGAUGGCGGACCCGAUCCCGCAGUUCAGCUACCUGGCGCGGAAGACGGCUGAGUUGAAGCUGGCGUAUGUGCAUAUCGUCGAGUCGCGGAUUUCCGGCAACGCGGAUACCGAGUCGACGGAUCAGCUGGAUUUCUUCCUCGAGGCGUAUGGCCGUGCUAGUCCUGUGAUUAUUGCGGGUGGCUACAAGGCUGAUUCCGCCCGCGAGGCGGUCGACUCGCACUACAAGGAUUACGACGUGGUGGUUGGUAUUGGUCGUCCCUGGACGUCGAACCCGGACCUGCCUUUCAAGAUCAAGGCCGGUAUCCCUCUUCGGCCGUACGAGAGAGAGUUCUUCUAUUUGCCCAAGGAUCCUAAGGGUUACAUUGACUACGAGCCCAGCGUGGAGUUCAAGGCCACGCAAGUUGCGGCUUGA